ACUCCCCCUCUCUCUCAUCGGAUAUGUCAAAUGAACAUGGACCCAUAUGAAACGUCAGCACAGUGAGUGUAGUAGCAGUUUACGUAUUGAUGUUAGCGAGCUAGCCUAGUAAAAUACAGUCCAGACAUAGAAAUACAUUUGUCGUAAAGCAGUAUAUUUUUUGAGUUAUUACAUUGGGAAACGGUAGAGUUUAUAUUCGUUGCAGAGAAUACGUUUAACGCAAUGGACUUCACUUGGAUUUUUUUACUUUCUCGAAGUUCAUACGAUUGAAAGAGGAAUGACAAUGACAGUUCCCUUGCCUGUGAGAGGAGGCUACACUGGAAUACAGUUGUUCUGUGACCAAAACAAGGGACCUUGAAGGACCACAGCCUGUGUGACAGAGGACUUGCAUUCAUUGUGAAGCUUUUGGGGAGAGUAGCAGGCAGUACACUUGUGUAAAGAAACACUAAGGCAAGGUGGAGAUGUUUGCCAAACUGAAAAAGAAGAUUGCUGAGGAGGCAGCCACAGCCCCCCGGACCGGAGUCCGGAUGCCUCGGUCCUAUAGCAAAGAGUCCAUUACCUCAGUGGGGGCAGACUCGGGGGAUGAUUUUGCCUCUGAUGGCAGUAGCUCCAGGGACGACCUCUCCUCCCAGAUCCUCAGAAGGAAUGAUCAGAUUCGCAAGCUGGAGGCCAAACUAUCAGACUACGCUGAACAGCUCCGACUUAUGCAGAAGACCAAGGACAAGCUUGAAAUUGCAUUAGAAAAACAUCAGGAUUCCUCCAUGAGGAAACUGCAGGACCAGAAUGAGACUCACCAGGCCAAUAGAGCCAAAAUGGCCGAAGGCAUGGCUUUGGCACUGGACAAGAAGGAUCAGGAAUGGAUGGAAAGGAUAUCUACGCUGGAGCAGGAGAAAGCGUCUCUGUCUGUGAGGCUUGAUGAGAUGAUGGAGCAGAGCCUUACUCUGUUCCAGAAGAGGGAUGACCUGGACGAGCUGGAUGGCUUCCAGCAGCAGGAGCUCGCCAAAGUCAAACACAUGUUACUGAGUAAGGAGGAGCAGCUGGUCCAGCAGGAGCGAGUGCUCCAGCAGAAGGGUGCCGAGCUGCAGAUGGCCAAGAAGGGUCUGGCCGAAGCCCAGGAGCAGCUGCGGGUUCUGGGAGAGGAGCAUCAGGAAAGUUGCAGGCUCAACACGGAGCAGGAGAUGGAGAGAGAGGAGCUGCUGGAGGUCAGGGAGGAGGCUGAGAAGAAGAUUACUGAGCUGGAGGGCAGAGGCCAGAACCUGCAGAAGGUCAUCCAACAGGUAUCUGAAGACUUCCAGAAGUCGCGGAGCUCGGCAGCAGCUGUAGAGAAGUCUCUCCGUACGUUACAAAUGGAGAACAAUGCCCUGAAGCUGCAGCAACACAAAGCUGCAGUGACUGAUGAGGACAAGGAGCGUGUGCUGCUGGACCUGCAGGAGAAGAUCUCCUCUCUGGAGAGACGUCUGCAUGGUAACCUGAGUGAAGACGAGCUCCUCCAGGAGCUUCUCAAAGAGAAGUCCACUCUGGAGCAGAGGCUGGAGGACACGAGAGUUGAGCUGCUGGAGGCACGCACCAACCAUGCAGACACGGUUAGCUCUUUGGAGACUCAGAUAUCCAGACUCAACAACAACGUGACUGAACUACAGACCCUGCUACGACACAAGGACGACUCUUCCAAGAACUACAGAGAGAGAACGGACGCACAGAUAGCAGGUCUGGAACUGCAGGUGCAGGAGAGCAAUGAGAGGCUCGAGAACACUGAGCAGCAGAUCUCUGACAAACAAGCACAUCUAGACAAACUGCAGGCAGAGUGGAGUGUGGAGAGAGAGAGUCUGCAGCAGCAGGUGUCUGCAGAGCGGCAACAGGGCCAGGAGAGGGCAGGUCGGCUGGAGGAGCAGCUCACUGCACUGCAGACAGAGAGAGACACCGAACACACCUCUGCCCAAGCCAGGAUUAGUGAGUUGGCGCAAGAGAGAGCGUCUCUGCUGAGGGGGAGGGAUAAAGCUGACGUUGCUCUGAGGAGGCAGGCAGAGGGGCUGGAGCAGGCCAGGUCAGAGCUGAGCAGCAGGCAGACAGUGAGUGUGGAGAUAGCCAUGGCUCUGGAGGACACCAGGAGACAGAAGGAGGUGCUCCAACUACAGGUAGGAGAGAUGAUGGCGUCACUUCAAACAACAUCGCAGGAACUGACCCACGUCACUGAGCAGCUGAAGCGGAAAGAAGAGGAACUCCAAACAAUACGCAAUGAGCUGCAGAGUUCCCAGAGCUCCCUGUCCCAGCUGCAAGAGGAGACAGAGGGGCUGCAGGCAGCAGCCCAGGAGAGGCAGGAGGAGAAGGACAGCCAGCUGGUCAGCUUGAGGCAGGAGCUGCUAACCCAGAAUGAGCAGUUGGACUCCUGCCAGUUACGGGUAUCGGAGCUAGAGGUAGAGACUCUGACGUUGCAGCAGACUCCAGAGCUGUGUGAACUGGACCAGAAUGGGACUGUGACGGUGGAUGACCUGGACCACAUGCAGAAGGCCAACCGAGACCUGGAGCAGCAGCUCAGUGACAAGAAUAAGACCAUUAAGCAGCUGCAGCAGAGACUAGCAGAGCUAAAGAGGACCUUGCAGAAGGAGCUGAAGCUGAAACCUGAAACCGAGUCCGAUGGGAAAGAGAGGGCCCAAGAAGGGAGAGGAGAGAGGCAAGAGAGGCCAGACAGAAUCUUUACAGAGCUCACUCUAGGCCCGGCCCCGGGCCCAAACACCACUGUCACCAACACAUCUGAUCUCAAUGACUCACGAGAGAUCAACUUUGAGUACCUCAAACACGUGGUGCUAAAAUUCAUGUCAUCCAGAGAGGCUGAGGCCUAUCAGCUGAUCAGAGCAGUGUCUGUGUUGCUGAACUUCACUGGUGAGGAAGAAGACAUGUUGAAGCAGACUCUGGAGUACAAGAUGUCCUGGUUUGGAUCCAAGCCUUCUCUGAAAGGUAUUGUCCGGCCAUCAGUUUCAGGGGCACCUGCUCACUGGAGCUGAGGGGACUGAGAGAGGAAGAGAGGACAGACACACACACAUUACUUUUAUCAUGCGUUUGCAUGACUUCUCCCACCACUGUGGCAACCAAAUGAACACUGUAAAGAGAACACAGCCCAAGCUUUAAAAUGGUUUCUGACAUGGCACAGAUUCCUAUGUACUGUAGCUCCUCAAUCUCUCCUGAUCAUUUUUUUUUCUUCAUCUUCAAGAGAAAAGAGAAUGGCGGGGGGGGGUUUAUUUAGAAGUAAAAUGCUUAAAGCAGACAUGGUGUUGACCCAUUUGAUAAAUGUUAACCUUAAGAGAAACCCUCCUCCCUCCCCUUGGAAUGAGGUUAACAUUAUAUCUAGCUCUGUCAUGGAAACAGUACAAGUACACUACAUUACCAAAAUUAUGUGGACACCUGCUUGUCUAACAUCUCAUUCCAAAUUCAUGGGCAUUAAUAUGGAGUUGGUCCCCAUUUGCUGCUAUAACAGCCUCUACUCUUCUGGGAAGGCUUUCCACUAGACGUUGGAACAUUGACGCCGGGGACUUGCUUACAUUCAGCUGAAAGAGCAUUAGUGAAGUCAAGCACUGAUGUUGGGGGAUUAGGCCUGGCUCGCAGUCUGCGUUCCAAUUCAUACAAAAGGUGUUCGAUGGGGUUGAGGUCAGGGCUCUGUGCAGGCCAGUCAAGUUCUUCCACACAAAUCUCAACAAGAAUGUUCUGUAUGGACCUCAUCUUGGGCACAUGAGCAUUGUCAUGCUGGAACAGGAAAGGGCCUUUUCCAAAUUGUCGCCACAAAGUUGGAAGCACAGUAUCGUCUAGAAUGUAAUUGUAUGCUGUAGCAUUAAGAUAUCCCUUCACUGGAACUAAGGGGCUUAGCCCGAACCAUGAAAAACAUUAUUCCUCCUUCACCAAACUUACAGUUGGCACUAUGUAUCAAGGCAGGUAGCGUUCUCCUGGCAUCUGCCAAACCCAGAUUGGUCCGUCGGACUGCCAGGUGGUGAAGCGUGAUUCACUAAAGCGUUUCUACUAGUCCAGAGUUCAAUGGCGGCAAGCUUUACACCACUCCAACCAAAGCUUGGCAUUGCACAUAGUGAUCCUUAGGCUUGUGCGCGGCUGCUCGGUCAUGGGAACUCAUUUCAUGAAGCUUCCAACGAACAGUUUAUUGUGCUGACGUUGAUUCCAGAAGCAGUUUGGAACUUGGUAGUGAGUGAUGUAACCCGAGGACAAACAAGUUUUUACACGCCAUGCGCUUCAGCACUCGGUGGUCCUCUUCUGUGAGUUUGUGUGGCUCAAUGUACUCAAUUUGAUACACAUGUCAGCAACGGAUGUGGCUGAAAUAGCCAAAUCCACUCUUGUAGGGGUGUCCUCAUACUUUUGUGUAUAUAUGGUGUAUGUCUUAUUCUCCAGGUGUUAAGAGUGGGAUGGGUCAGGCCUACCAGACUGUCACAAUUCUUUUUGACAGAGAAGAUUAUUUAUGUCUCUGUGCUCCAAUGUUUUUUCUUUAAUUUAGACAUAGAAAACGGUAUUUACUGCCGUUGACUACCUAUGGCAGGGUUCCCCAAAUAGCGGUCCAUGGGCCGAAUUUGGCCUGCGUGUGGUUUUAUUUGGCCCCCACUGUUUUCUGAGCAAAAACGCUAUUAUUAUUAUUUUUAUUUUUUAUUGCUGGACAUAAGACUGUAAAAACGUCAGGAAAUCAGCUCCAAGUUAUUUUAAUUUUGCACAUCUGUUCCCAAAUAUCUUCCUGAAAUGAUUGUUUUAAUCUAAAAUUCUUUCUGUUUGGGAUUCUUGCGGUCAAUUUGAAGUCUACAAAUAUUUGUAAUUAUGUUCCAGCCCCCCGAACAUCCCAAAAAAUUUGCCUGCGGCUAGAUCCAGUUGAUGAUCCCUUCUCUAUGGUUGGGAAAGAGAUAUUGUGGAAUUGUGAGUGCAUGAUGACAAGAACCUUGAAAAUGCUACCAUCCCAAUCAACCCCUCUUCAGUUGAAUGGAACGCCCCAAGAUUUCUGAUGGACCCUUCACAACAGUCUUUAAAUUGGUUCUUUCCAUUAAAAAUACAACUUCAGAUGGCUUAUGUAGGAAUAAUCCAUGUUAAAAUCAGAACUUGUGAUGUUUCUGAAGGGGAGGUGAGAGUCAUACAUCAAUGUGUUUGAUAUCAAUGGAGAAAAUCUACGUCAUGUAGACAGGAGAGGAGUACUUUUUAAAUAUGUUAAAUAAUUAUUGAAAGCUAUCUAAAUCAGAAUUAUCAACGGAUGUGCUCUACCUUUACCUGCCUUGUGUUUGUGUAAAUGACAGUACAUUCCAUGUCUAUUUAUAUAUGAUAACUGUACAUAUGCAUUGAGAACUUUAUAAAUCACUGGGUGUAAAAUCAUUUGGUUUGACCUCUUGCAGUAUUUUACAACAUGUUUUACCUGUCUGUCCAUGUAGCCAAGUCUUGGCUUGAUGUUCUGUCUCACUGUUCAUUGACAUCCUGUACAGAACUAAGUGACCGUUUGUGUGAGCUGACAAUGUGAGGGCAUUAACAAUGUACUGGAGGAAAGACCCUUUAAUACAGUAUGCAUGCCUUAUAGCAAAAUGCAUUGGUUUUCUGCAGAGGGAAAACCUGUCUCCUUACAUUCUGAAUAGAAUGUGAACCAUAUUAAUGGGUAAGGUGUGAGGCAGCAACGCAGCACUCUGCACUCUGAAUUCUACUCCCAUAUCAUGUGAGAAAUAUCCAUGUGUCUGGUUACAUUACAGUACUGUAGCAUUUGAUGUCACAUUCAUUGGGUUUAUGCGGUCAGUCAACUCUGGGGCUGGGAGGUCGAAGAGGAAGGUGACAAUGAUGCAUUUUGUGAUAAGGUCCUCCCCGUCUUUAAACUGCUGUCAUAAAAUGGACACGGUCUACAUUCAAUGUCAAAACACCACACUGUUAAGUGACCUGCUAUUGAAUAGUAUCUGGUACCACAAAUGUAGUAUAAUUCCAUAGAACUACAAUAAUAUCACAGCACAAGUGGCUAUGACUCUACUGCAAGGUCACCAUAAAAAAAAACUUAUGCGCUUCUUUUUUUUCACUUCUGUUUGAUUCCGCCAUGUGUGUCUAACUGUGGUUUUUAACAAACAAUCUAAUAAAUCACAACAGAUUCUAUUAA